UUUCUGUAGCUGGGUUGGGGUUGGCCGUACGUACCAUGAGUGGGGUUCCCCCCGGGCAUUAUUGCCAGAACAGAACCCUAAGCCAUGGUGCACGCCACAUCCCUGUGAAGAACUCUUGGACACAGGAGAGCAGACUGCCGCUUCUCUCCCUCUCUUCUCCUUCUUCCUCUUCGAUCUCCCUGUACGUACUCAUGGAUUUGGUCUCUCCCAUGGAGCACUUGUGUUACGUGCGUUGCACCUACUGCAACACUGUUCUUGCGGUUGGAGUUCCAAGCAAGCCGAUGAUGGACACAGUAACAGUGAGAUGUGGUCACUGCAACCAUGUCUCCUUUCUUAGCCCCAGACCCAUGGAGCAGUCCCAUAGCCCCACCAAUCAUCAGCUGGGCCUUCAGGGUGGUUGCAUGGACUGCCUGAGGAGCCAACCUUCGCCAUCAUCAUCAUCAUCGUCGUCGUCAUCAAAUUCAAAUGAACCAACAAUUCAAAAACCGUCGUUUGUAGUGAAACCUCCUGAGAAGAAACACAGAAUGCCUUCAGCUUAUAAUCGCUUCAUGAGGGAAGAAAUACAGCGAAUCAAAGCAUCUAAACCCGACAUUCCUCACCGCGAAGCUUUUAGCAUGGCUUCGAAGAAUUGGGCAAAGUGUGAUCCUCGUUGCUCAAUUAUUGACGAUAAGCUGGCUCCCGUUCCACAAGUGGAAAGAAGUUGCUCUACAAUGGAAAACUCCAAUUUUAAUGAACAAACGGAACAGAAGGAUUAGGGUUCCCAAUCAACAUAUGGAGCUCUGUUGUUAAGCUUUGCUUGGAUCUUGUCCUCUCCCUAUAAAAAAAAAACAACUCCAUGCUGUAGUAUUUCCUAGGAGGAAAUGAUAUAGAUGUGGCUCAUAUGAAUUGAAUGCAUAUAUGUGAAUUUUCAUGAUCCAGACCUAA